GACGGUGCAAGUGCCCUGGCACUGCGCCCUGCAUCGGUAUCGUUAGUCACGUCACGCAACGCAGCUCCUUUCCACGCUGCACAAAGCUAUAGGAGAGCUGCGCUCGUUUUGUGGCACUGGGCAGCACUGCGCCGGGCUGCAAUGAGGCUGCUCUGGCGCUGCGCAUUGGUGCACAGCGUCGCCCUGCAUUCGGGCGGAGUAAACGCAUUGCAUCCAAGCGGCGUCAAGAUCUUCUACGACCCCAGACACGCGACGCACAGCAACGCCAAGGGCCACCCCGAGACGCCGCGCCGCGUCGACGACUGCCGGCGAGCGCUCGAAAAGACCGACGCGACCUGGCAGUACCUCAAACAAGCGAGGACAGACGCUGAAGAGUCGGUCCGACGCGUACACUCAAACCAGCAUAUUUCACGAGUGAAAAAAGCGUCAAAGUUCUACCGCUUCGGGCGCACGCGACUAGCGGUCGACACGUACGCGAAACGGGGAUCGCAUCAGACGAUGCUGCGGGCCCAAUCGCUGUGGCUCGACGCCGUGGACCACGCUUCUAUCCAAAAUGAAUUGGCGGUGGCGCUCUCGCGUCCACCCGGCCACCACGCGUCGCGGCACGUGGCCGACGGCUUCUGCUUGUACAACUUCGCGGCGGGCGCGGCCGCCUACGCCCUCGACGUCCUCGGCAAGGACUGGGUGGCUUUGCUGGAUUUUGAUGUCCAUCACGGCAACGGCGUCGCCGCGUACGCCGACGAGGAAGCUCGAGUAAUGUACGCGUCGGCGCACCAGGCGCCGCUCUGGCCGAACACGGGUGAUGACCCUUCCGACCAAGGUUUACUGGGCAAUCGAUUGAAUGCGUGUGUGAAAAGAGGCGCCGACGCCGUCGAGUUCUGCGGCGCUUGGGACCGCUGUCUGAAGUUUGUGGCAGAUCGUGUUUCAGGAAGCAAUGGGUUACUAGUAGUGAGCGCGGGCUUCGAUGCGCUGCUCGAGGACCCGCUGGCGCAGUGCCGCCUGCGACCCCAGGAUUAUGUACGAAUAGGGCGCGCUACAAAAGAUGCCGCUGAAACUUUAGGCGUCCCCGUCGUGCUGGGCCUGGAAGGGGGCUACUCGACGAAGGUGGGAGACGCCUUCGCCCACUCCAUAAGACCGUGGCUCGGCGACGACGCGGAUCUAGUGGAAGUGGAGGCGGCGCCGAAGCUCGCAAGGCGCGUCGAGGUCUGCGAAUCCAAUCAACUACCGGAGCCCGGUGCGUUAAGAUGCGUCUCGACAAAACACGGCCCUCUCACGAUCGCUACCACAUCAGACGGCGCGGCCUACGCUCUACAAAAACGCCUGCCGCCCUACGGCCUGGCGACGCGUUUUUAUGGAGACUUCGACGGCCAGGUACGUACCAUAAAAGAUAGGGGCUCGGGCACGAAGUUCUACGUCGACUCGGGCGACGUCCGCGGGCCCUGGUGCCCCGCCAUCUUACCGAAGCGGUGCGCGGCCGGCGUCCCGCUUCAUAUACGCCAUCGCCGCGACUCGUCGCUCGCCGUCCGGUAGAGUUCGGACCAGCUCACACGCAGACCACUCGCGCGGCGGCGGCGCCUCCCCGCGGACUACCGGGACGCAAGCGCGAUUCAGACGGCGCGCCUCGACGUCGUCGACGGCGUCGCCACCGCGUCGAGCGACGAGUUGGAGGCGGUCCUCUCCGCGGCCCCGCGGCAGCUCUAUCCCAAACUUAGGAAGAGGCGCCGACGUCGGCGCCUCGUGACCCAACGAUCCUUCGCGCGCGCGGCCCAGAACGACCGCGCGACCGUCGCCACCUCAAUCAAGAAUGGGGAAUUGCGGACGGCCGCCGUCACAUCAACAGGACUGGAACUCGGGUACUACUUAGUGAGGCUGCCCGACGAGCCGACGCCGGGCACGGACGACGCCCUCUCCGCCAUUCUCCACGGCGGCGAUUCUACAAAAGUGGAACGGGACUCCAGAAGGGGCACGGCCAAGGUCGCGGCGGGCGUCGCCGUCUUCGUCGAGCCGGCGGCGCGGGGGCGGAACAUCGGCGAGGUCCUCUUCAAGGAGGCGAUGCGGGCGUGCCGCGCGCUCGAUUUCAGGUACAUGCUCUUCGUCGAGCGCGACGGCGGCUCCGGGAAAUUGGUCAAAUGGUACGAGGCCAUGGGGUUCCGGGUCGUGCCGCCGGACGUCCUGCCCGGCCUGGACCGGGCCAUGGUCGGCUACCUGCCUUCGGAUCAGACGUUCUACGACGUCGAGGGCGUGGGGCUGGACGUGGAGAAGUAUUCCUAAAUCAUCGUUCUGUAUCCG